GCACACGAGCUUCAGCUCCUUCCUCCGAGCGGCCAACUUCUAGACGAUCGCCAGGCAGGGGUGGUCGGUGCUGGCUGAGAGGGACCCGGCUCUGGGGGGAUUCUUUCCGCGCCACGGUUAGCGAGGACUGAGCGUGUGCACAGCGUAGCCCCAUCCUCUCACUCAGGCGGUGAUAUUGACUCAUCGGCAGUGUGGUGCUGCCGUGCACGAGUUCAUGUGUGUGAACUAGCGUCCUACAGCUCCAGCGACAAUGAGCGAAUACUUCAGCCUGUCGGACUGCGAUGUGAUCGGCUUCGACCUGGACCACACGCUCUGCCGCUACCAUCUGAAGGAGACCUCCAGGCUCAUCUAUGAGAGCUUUGCCAGGUAUCUAGUGGAGCAUAAAGGCUAUGACAAGGACCUGCUGAACCUAACCCCUGCUACAUGGGACUUCUGUUUUAAAGGACUAGUGGUGGAUCUGGAGGAGGGAAACCUUGUGAAGUUGGCUGAAGAUGGAACUGUCUUGCGAGCGACACAUGGAACCAAUGACCUCAGCAUAGAAGAGAUAAUCAAACAUUAUGGUCCUAAAAGGGAGUGGAAGCACUUCAACAGCCUCAAUACCUCCUUCACCAGAUCUGCAAAGUACUAUUUCUAUGACAACUACUUUGAUCUACCUGGGGCUCUACUCUGUGGAAGAGUUGUGGACAUGCUGCACAAGCGAGGAAAUGAGGUGAAUUCCGACUUUUGGAAGGACAUGGUCGCUGCCAUUGACCACAAUUACAACACAUCUGCAUUCAAAGAGGACGCAGGGACUUACUUCCCAAGUGUGAAGAGAGACCCAGGCCGAUACCUGCAGCCCUGCUCUGACUCUGUCAAGACCUGGCUGCACAGCAUGAAGAAAGCCGGGAAGGUUCUCCUCCUCAUCACCAGCUCUCACAGCGACUACUGCAGGCUCAUCUGUGAACACAUCCUGGGGAAGGACUACGAGGAGCUGUUUGAUAUCAUCAUCACAAAUGCACUGAAGCCCGGUUUCUUCUCUUUGGUACCCCACCAGAGGCCCUUCAGGACCCUAAUGGAGGAUGUAGAGGAGAGAGAGGGUCUACCUUUGCUGGACAAACCAGGCUGGUACUCCCAGGGUAACUGGCCCCACCUCCAGGAGCUGCUGAAAACCAUGACAGGGAAACCAGAGCCAAAGGUAGUUUAUUUUGGAGAUAGCAUGCGAUCAGACAUGUUUCCCGCCAGCAGCUUCGGGAAGUGGGAAACGGUGAUGAUAGUGGAGGAAAUGGAGGGGGAGGGUAUCCCGAAGAGCGACGCAGCCAUAUCUAAUGAGGCCCAAGUGGAGCAGCUGGAGAAAGAGGGAAAGUUUGAGGGCAUGAAGUCACCCUCUGCCAUGUCCAACCAGUGGGGCUCAUACUUUGUCGACGUACAAAGAAGUGGAGGAGGGGACGAGGAGAGCCAGAAACUGACCUGGUGCGGCCACUGCAUUCACAAAUACAGCACCAUGGCCAUCCCUAGUGUGGAGCACAUAGCAGAUCUCCCUCUGGAUUACAAGUUCCCCAGGUUUUCUCCUGACAAGCCCUGGACCACCGGCUACUACCCCAGGCCCCCCGAUUCCUUGCUGAACAUGUGCGAGAGUCUGUCAUAAAAAAAGGAAAAGGUUUUAAAAAAGAAAAAAGUCCUCCCUUACCCCUUUGCCUCAGGAGAGGAAUGUGCCUCCAUAUUUGCCUGUAGUUCCCCACUUGACCCCCAUCGCCAUCUGUGGAGCACAGGAAGCAUACACUCCUAACCCAUUCAGAGAAACCAUGUGAAUGUAAGCCACAGUAUCUCUGUAAUAACGCCUGAACGUUGUUUUGUGGUUUAGUGUUCCGUGUAAGUGGAAAUAUGACAAAAUAAGUGUGCGUGUGUGUCUGCAUACAGUAAUAAUAAGAGAUGUAGUGUUUUUUAUUGUUUUGUGUGUGAACCCCCUGUUCUUUUCUAUAGCUGAAUGUUUUAAAAAUCUAAAUUUUUGAAACUUUUCCGAAAAGAAGAGAACACUUUCACACCUUUUUCCCCCCUGAAGUAAAUACCUCAUGAAUUUUAUCAACUCUAAGCAGAUCCCAGAUGGUGACAGUGUUUGUCCCUGGAAAUCCUUUGGAAACAUUGUGGCAGUAUUUCUGUAUAACACUCUCAUUGUGAAGUCUUUUUUUUUUUUUAAAUAGUUUCAUUUGCAUUUUAGCAACCUUAAAAUGAGGUGUAAGGUUUAAUGUUCCCCCGGUGUUCGUUUUGUGGAAGGUGUUAAUCUUUAGGUCAUUGUUGCUAAAGAACUGGCACAAUGUUGUGCUUUGUGUUGGCUGUUUCAAAAAACACAACCCUAGGGAACAAUAAUAAUAAUAACAAUGGAUGAUAAAGACUAUGUUAGAUGUUCUCUGUAUUAUUUUUGGUGCAGCGGUGACAUGUGCUCUGUGAGUCAUAAAGAUUGUGGACUACUUGUGCUUCAUUUAUAUGCAGUACCAGACUGAGAUAUAUUUUAACCGACACCUGAAUGGUUUCUUUUGUCGGUGUGCAUAGACAAGUUGUGCCAUAAUAUUUAAGGAACAUUUUCAGUUGGGACAAAUCUGUGCUUGUUUGUUUCAAAGAAGAUUGAUACUGGAUAUAUCUGUAAACACAUGGGAUUCCAGAUCUAGUCCCACCAGGUCCAAAUUAUAUUCAGCCGCCCUACUAAAUCACAAAUAAGCUAAUUCGAAACUCUUAAAUAACAAUUGCUAUUUUGUUUCUUCAAGUUUUCCAUUCAUAAGAUUAGACAUGUAACCAAAACUGGUAUACAGCACCUGAGCAGUUGUUGGCUUGCUGCUAGCUGGUCAGUUUUGGUGCUCAGAUGAACUAAACAUGUCCAUGCUGAGCACACAAAGAUGAAACUGGUAUCAGUCUUCCCAAAUGGCUCUGAUUUAAUCAAUAAACAAACAAGAUGGGUUCCCACAUGUGGAAGUGUUCCUUGUAGAUGACCAUCAUCUCACAAUGUAGAGAGAGAGAAUAUUUUGACAAUGGGCAGCACAAUUGUGAGAUUGGUCAUCAGAAGUGGAUUAUUACUUGUGCUGUGUUUAAUGCAUACAGCUGUAGUGAUUGUACUCUUCUUUUCUCAUCUGACCUGGAUGUUUGACAUGCACAUUUGCCUUAUGUUGGGUUACUUUGUGGUCUUAAGUUUUGAAAACACAGGGAAAGUUGAAUUCUGUGUUCACGUGUUGAAGUACUGUCAAUUAAAUAAAAUGUGAUACAAUUUUUCUU